ACCUAUGAAGCUGCGGGCCGUGAGAGACGGACAGAGAGGAAAGGAAGCCUAACAGGUAGCACUCGAGGCCAAUAUGUAUUCAGCUCUAGGCCAAACCGAUACAAAGAGCGUUUUUUGACGCCACGCACAACAUGGCAGGUUGAACGCGAGCAACGUGUUUUCCUUUCGGUCUAUGAACGUGCCUUAGCCAUAGGCUGGCCUGUAUCACGUGACGCAGAAAGCUUUGCUCUCCCCCCGCCUUCCUCCUGAAAACAAAACUCGACGCUGCGCGCCGCCGCUGCGUGUUUCUUCCGCAGCCGGUGGAGUGGAAGAUGGCGGCGUCCAGGAGCGUGGAAGAGAUGCGGAGCCGGGUGGUCUUGGGCGAGUUUGGCGUCCGCAACGUCCACACAACAGACUUUCCUGGGAAUUACUCUGGAUAUGAUGAUGCCUGGGACAAGGAGAAGUUUGAAAAGAAUUUCAGAGUAGAUGUGACGCACAUGGACGAAAGCACUUUGGAAUUUGACAUGGUGGGGAUUGAUGCUGCCAUUGCUAAUGCCUUCCGACGCAUCUUGCUUGCUGAGGUGCCAACCAUGGCCGUAGAGAAGGUCUUUGUGUACAAUAACACCUCCAUUGUGCAGGAUGAAAUUCUAGCUCAUCGCUUGGGACUGAUCCCUAUCUGUGCAGAUCCUCGUCUCUUUGAAUACAAGAGUGAAGAAGACGAAUGUGAUGAAAUUAACACUCUGCAAUUCCAGUUGAAAAUAAAGUGCCACAGGAAUCCUCAGGCAGCCAAGGAAUCGUCUGACCCUAACGAACUGUAUAUCAACCAUAAAGUUUACAGCAAGCACAUGGAAUGGGUGCCCCUGGGCUCUCAGGCCGACAACAUGAAUGCCAAGUUCCGUCCUGUACAUGACGACAUCCUCAUUGCCCAGCUGCGGCCCGGCCAAGAGAUCGAUGUACUUAUGCACUGCGUCAAAGGCAUUGGUAAAGACCAUGCAAAGUUUUCUCCAGUGGCUACAGCCAGUUACCGGCUAUUGCCAGAAAUCACUCUACUACAGCCUAUCGAAGGAGAAGCAGCUGAGAGGCUGAAGAACUGCUUUUCUGCUGGGGUUAUUGAGGUCCAGGAAAUCAAAGGGCAAAAAGUGGCAAGAGUGGCUAACGCUCGUUUGGACACAUUCAGUAGAGAAAUUUUUCGUCACAAUGACCUGAAAAACCUUGUGCGCUUGGCUCGGGUGCGAGAUCACUACAUCUUUUCUGUUGAGUCAACAGGUGUUUUGCCUCCAGAUGUGCUGAUGAGUGAAGCAAUCAAGGUAUUGAUAGGAAAGUGUCAGCAGUUCCUGGAGGAGCUUAAAUUCAUCCAAAAGAAAUAAGUUUUUCUUUCUGAAAAGUUCAGCAUAAGGACUCACUUGGUUGGGAUCGCUACAGCUGUGUCAUGAAGGAGGGCGUCAACCAAGUCUGGGUCAAUAGGCAAGGAGAAAUGGACCCUCUACCACGGAUGUGAAAGACUGAAGCAAGUGGCUGUGUACCUUUUACUUUUGUGGCACUCAAUUUGAUAUGCGGCUGAAAAGGCAGUGAUAUGUGAUGCCACUAGGCAGCUUAUUGCAAAGACCAAAGUUGCCAGAUAUAAGUGGAUAAAAAAUAUCCUGCAAGCAGAAGAUGGGUAGGCUCCAGCAAUUGCAAUAUCUUCUAAGUUGCUUUUUUAAAGACUACAUCAGACCUGUAACAGGACCACCUUUUUUGAGAAUUGCCAUUAACUUUCCACUGAUGUAUAUUGAUGGAUAAUCUCAAAGGUGCUACACAGUAAGGUCUAAUGCCUAUGAUGAUUCUUCUGCCACUCAAAGAGCAGAAUUCUAAAAAAUAUGGUGUCAUUGAGCUUCUCUAUUAUUUAUUAAAUAUUUUUUGAGGCCUCAACUGCC